UCUAAAGAACACGCACACAUAUAUAACGAGAAAAAGGUAUCCAAGAGCCCGAAGAGGCACACCUAAAAAUCCCUGCAGCACCGUAUGCGUGCCUCAAAACUGAACUGCACGUCCGUCCCACCGUUCGACUACAGUAGCAUCACCCCCUCCCUCCCUGUCCCACUCUAUACCAAAACGGAAGAUUGCCGACUACAGCAUACUGCUGUCUGAAGUGCUGUCUCACACGCUCUCGUUGCUGUCCUUCCCAGUCGGUUCCUCGCUUUCUCCCUCAUUGCACUCAAGGUUCUUGGUCUGAAAAAAAUAAAAAUUCUCGCGCCGAAUGGUCAACCAGCCCAGUUCAGCUCGUCGCCGCCUGCUCCCUCCUCCUUUGAUGGCGAAGCCAGGUUACUGAGGCAAUACAGCUCCCUCUAGCAAACCUAGGACCGUGUAGUGCCCGUCCACCUUUCUGAUGGUGUCUGCCUCCGCGCACAAAAAUGAGAUGGGCAUCACUACCUACGCCGACGGCCAGAACGGCCCGCGCAUCUACAUUUUCCAGCCUGACCCCAUCAGUGCCGACCCAACUCCAUCACCACACGCACGCCUCGCGGCGGAUGCGCAGCAGCAAGAAGGUUUCGGUCAUCCCUUGAGGGGUGUGGAGUGCACGUACACUCUUUUGCGUGCAACCCAUGCGUUCGAAUACCGUAUCGAGACUAAUUGCGUCAUGUUUGUGUCGCCGUUCACAGUAUCGAUUUCUUGCGACGCGGCGAUCAUCGUGAUCUACCUCCAACGCUCCCCGGAAUUUGGAGGGACGCCCUGGUUCGUAGUAGAGGAUGGACACGGCUUCGCGACGGAGGCGGUGGAUGUGGUAUGGCUGGCGAUGCUGCGCAUCGCGUUCUUGCUCCCGCACGUGCUAGGCUUUCUCAAGCGCCGGCGCCUCAGCUGCCCCGGCUUCCACCACACUUUUGUGGUGGCAAACAUGUUUUUCGUGGUGGCGAAGGUCAUCGCCAUGCUCGUCGGUGGCCCGGACCCGAAGGUCGCUCUUCUGUGGUGGCUGCUGCUGGUACUCUCGGCCGUGUCAAUCGUCGCACAGCGCGGCUGCCUGCACCACCUCCGGAGCAGCAUGCCCACCCCGAGGUACAAGACCAUCUUCAUGGGCUCCCGGCUCGACACACGUCUCCUCGACGAGCAGUAUGAUCACGAUACGGACAGCGACUACGACGACGACGACGACGACGACGACGACGAUGACUACUCCUCGUCUGAAGAGCUGGAUCGCAGCGCUGGCGGCGUAAAUAGCAGCAUGGAGGCUGGGGGAAGGGGGGGUGGCGGCGGCGGCAGUGGCAGCGGUGGCUCGGAAGAAACCAAAGCGUACCUCGGACGCGUCACAGGCGCUCACCGACAAUCGCCCACGAAGAAGACCGAGCGCCAGCGCACGCAGUCCCGCGCCGCUCAUCCCAGUGCUCGGAAGAGAAGGAGGAGACGGAGAAAUAGGUCGGGGUCUUACCGGCAUCGGCAGGAGUCCACGAGAGAGCUGGUAGACUACUUCGCCGACCGGAUGCAGAAAGCGAGGGCCGCCUGGUCGGCGAGAGUGAGCGCGCUCCAGAAGAGGUGGCAGGCGUCGUUCCUGAGCGGGGACGGCUGGGGCGUGCGCGGCGGCGGGAACCCGGCGGCGGACCGGGACGCGGCGCUUCGGCUCACGUUCGGGCUGAUCGUGCGCCUGUACGCCUACGAAGACACCCUAGAGGACCUGAGGCUGGCGGCGGAGCAGGACCCGAUGUGCCUGGAGGCGUUCGCGCCGCAGCUUGCAUCGUUUCUGGUGUGGGACUCUUACUACAUGAGCGGGCAGAUGGAGGCAUGGUUGCUCGCGCGGUGCUCGGAGAACGUCUACUUCGCGCACGCCCUCGAGUUCCAGCUCAGGGCGUCGUGCCUGCCCGCCGCCGCUCUCGCUGCCGUAACCGCGAUAGAUGGAGCCCCCACUCCUGACGGCGGCGGCGGCAGUGACUUCUUGUCUCCCGGCGGGAAGAAUCCACCCGCCUUGGCUGCUUCGCGCCGGGACAGCAGAAAUAGCGGCGGCAGCGGCGGCGGUGGAUCUCUGGCGGCUACAACCGCGGAGGGCGGAGGUGCGGUGGCAGAAGACGAUGACGGUGGCGUUGGCGGCGGCAUCGAUAGGGUUGGGAGGAGAGCGGUGGAGCUCCUGCUGAAGGAGAUCGCGGAGAACGGGGAGCGUGCCGCAAGAAGGCUUGUUGAGGAGGCCGCUGAGGCCGCCGCCGCCACCGCCGUGCGGCCGGCCAGUCUUGGCGAGGGCGACGGCGGCGACGAUAGCGGGGGUGAGUCUUCCGGGCGACUGGCUCGUGCGCCUCCGGCGAUGACGGCGGCGGUGGUGGGGAGCAAGGACGUGGCUGCCCCCGCCGCCGGCGCACAGGCGAGAGCCGAGGGUGGUGCCGGCGGCGGCGGCGGCGACGGCAAGAGCGAGAAGCAAGCCCCGUUGCUCUACCGACAGACGAUCGACUUCCUGGCCAGGCUGGGCGACAUCGCGUCCUCCCUGACCCCGCUGUCGAAGGCCGAGAGGACGUCCGUCCUGAAGGAACAGCUGGCGGAGGUCGGCGAGACAUUUCUCGGUGCAGGGGCAGCGGUAGGUAAAGGGAGGAGCGGGGACGAGGGGAACGGCGGCGAGCGCCUCGUGUACGUGCCCGUCGGGGACCGUCACCACCGUAUCGUUGCCGUCCACCCUUCCGAGUCUUUCGCUUUUUCGACGAGGGAGCGGGCGCCGUGCUUUGUUUGCCUGGAAGUUGUCGGCGCGAAGGAGCCGGGGCUUGGAAGAAAACAGGGGCGGCGGCGGCGGGAGGGGGACCAAGGUGGCCUCGCGGAAGCGGGGCGGGAGGGCGAAGACGAGGAGGGCGAACGAGGCGGCGGCGGUGGCGGUAACAUGCUCUCGAGAAGGGUUCAGGCCCUGCGCCAGUGGCUACCCAGCGGCGUGUCGUUUCAGCAGUUGCGAUUCCCUGGGUCGUCAAGGGGAGAAGGGUUAGGGGGAGGAUUUAAAGGGUGGACGCUUUCCCUGGGUACCGAAGAGAGCGACGACGUCGAGCCGGAGAGCGUAAAGGGCGGGGGGGGCACAACCAACAACCUCGGAGUCGGCGGCGGCGGCGGCGGCAAUGACGACGAGAGACUUCCCGGAGAGAAGCAUAGGCGUCGCCGUGGCGGCGGCGGUUGCAAGGGCCGCCCGGACGACGCGACCGCCGACCACUACCGGCUGCUGGUGGACGAGGAGACCGGGGACACUUCCUCUGGCCCCAGUGCCCUGCCCCUCGGCGGCGGCGGCGGCAGCAGCGGCGGAGCCGACUCUACGGGCGGUGCCUCGCGGCGCGGGAGCGCGGAGGAGGGGGAAUCGGGCGAUGGUGGAAGAGGGGCGGCGGCAUCGAGUGGAGAUGGGGUCCCUCAGCCCCAGGUGCUGUUCAACGAGCUGUGGCACGACAAGAGCAACCGGAUACGGAGGGUCUCGCCGUGGGCCGAGGAGCCAGGGUGGCGCCUCCUCCCGGUCAUCGUCAAGAGCAACGACGACCUGCGCCAGGAGCAACUGGCCUCCCAGCUCCUGUUCGUCAUGCAGCGCAUCCUCCGGGCGGAAGGGGUCAGGGCGUGGCUGCGCCCGUACGACAUCGUGGCCCUGUCCGCGGACACGGGGCUGGUGGAGGCCGUCCCGGACACGAUAUCGCUGGACGCACUGCGGAGGUACCGUGGAAGCGGGCGGGAAGGGGCGAAGGUGGCGGCGGCGGCGGCGGAGGGAGGCGACGCUUCUGCGGCGGCGGCAUCGCGCUUCAGUCUGACCGGGUUCUUUGAGGCGAGGUUCGGGGCUAAGGGGUCGGACGGUUUCCGCGAGGCUCAGCGGCGUUUCAUCGAGAGCCUGGCCGCCUACUCCAUCGCGUGCUACCUCCUGCAGAUCAAGGAUCGGCACAACGGCAACAUUCUGCUAGACUCCCAAGGACGCGUGAUCCACGUCGACUUCGGCUUCAUGCUCGCCAACAGCCCGGGGGGAAACCUUGGGUUCGAGUCCGCCCCCUUCAAGCUGACGCAGGGGUUCCUGAAUUUGAUGGGGGGCACGCAGUCUAGAUGUUUCCGAGAGUUCCGGGGGCUGUGCGUGGACACUUUUCUCGCCCUUCGGCGAAGCUCUCAGGAAAUCGUGCUGCUAGUGGAGAUGAUGGCCAGCGGUAACGAGAACCUACCGUGCUUUCAGGGUCCCGGGGGCGGGGCGGCGGCGGCGGCGGACCUCGCGGCGAGGUUCCAGCCGGAGCUGAACGACCCGGCUUGUGAGGACUUCGUGCACAAGCUGGUGCAGCAGUCUGCCGGGAGCUGGACAACGGCCUGGUACGACAAGUACCAGAGGUUUUGGUCCGGGAUUUACUGAUUGAUGAGAAGAGCGCGAUGUUAUGGAUUAGUCGUAGAAUGGGACGUGAGGGAGGCGGGAGGGGUUGUCUCGUAUGCUUUGGUGGUAAGCAUCAACCGCGCUCAACGGGCAACCGCCCAAAACAGCCUUAAUGAAGUUGGCGGGACAUGGGUCUCCGCGGUUUUCCCCGUCAAGUGUCGCCUUGUUUCAAAAAAGACGCCGCCGUGCUGUGAGUCGUACCCUUUAUCGGUGUGCACGUUUAUCGGGGGGGGUGUGUUGUGCGUGCCGUUCCGAGCAAUUUUAGAGUUGACCGAGCGCUGCUGUUUGCGGGCGAAACGGUUCUUCUUCCGGCGGUGGCGACGUUUAGCCCCUGCCACGUCGGGGUUGGUCAGGACGACCGUGGCUUGGCUCAAGCCGCCGAAGGGAUCUGGAGGGUAAAACGUUACCCCUUUCUCUACCUUGCAGUUCCGUGCUGCUGUUUGCUGUCGUUUUUUCUUGGCGGCGGUGUAAUGAGACAGAUACGAGAGGUGUCUCACUUGUGUUUCGGUUGAUAUCACUUCGGGACCAAAGAGAAGGAAAACUUGUUUCGGUUAUAACCACUUCGGGAUAGAAGAGACGGAAAAACGGUCCGUCUCCCUUUUCGAUUUUGAAAGAAAAAUUCACGCGUCCCCUAAGAUGCGUUCCGUGAAAAACGGCACCGGCCGACCACGAGUGGAAACGAGUGUCGCGGGAUGUCUCAUUGACGUAUGCAUCAUAGGGCUGUGACGCGGUGUUGUUUUCACAGGGAGGAAUUUGGUAAGUUUUACGGCUGUCACACCUUGAUGGCGUUGAUCUAGGAC